AUUCCCUUAAAGAAUUACGAAAACAAAUACACGGGCGUAAAAUGCCUAAAUUAAUUAUCGUAAAAUCAUAUAGAAUCGAAGAAGAAGAUUCAUAUAAUUAUAAUCCAAUCCAGGUCUUAAUUUACGCUUUCACUCGCCAUUAUUGUUCCCUCUUCUUCUUCUUCUUAUUCUCUGGAUCUCUCCUUCUCCCUCUCUUCUUUCUACAGUUAUUUCGCUUUAGCAGAUUACUUAAAUCCACGGUUUCUUCUUCUCCGGGAGCAUUUAUGGCGUCAGCGGUGACGGCGUCAGGCAAGGUGGAGAAAGGACAUCAGCUAUAUAGAGACGGCAAGUAUAAGGAGGCGCUUCUCUUCUAUACGGAGGCUCUUACUGCUGCUAAAGCUAAACCACAGAAGAUCGCUCUUCACAGCAACCGCGCCGCUUGUUACUUGAAAUUGCACGAUUUCAUUAAGGCAGCAGAAGAAUGCACUUGUGUUCUUGAGCUUGAUCAGAAACAUAGCGGAGCGUUGAUGCUGAGGGCUCAGACUUUAGUCACUCUUAAAGAAUACCAAUCUGCUCUUUUUGAUGUCACCAGGCUUAUGGAGUUGAACCCUGAUUCUGAGGUUUAUCAGAACCUCGAAGCUCGCUUGAGGACGCAGUUGUCCCUUGCUCCAAUUCCUGAGUCUGAAGCAGAAUUGGAAGAAGAGAGUGACGUUGAACAAGACGCUGAAGAUAAAGAAAGUAGAGAAGUUGAGCUUGGUGUCAAUGAGAGAAGAGAUAAGAGGUUUGAGUCGGUAGUUUCCCUUAGAAGAGAUCUAGAGACUACAGGAGAAGAUGCGAUAAACAAGGGGGAAGUUGUUGCACCUAAAACACCAGAGGUUAGAGAACAGAACAGCAAGGAAGUGCCAAUGUCUGGAAAGCAAUCUAAUGCAUGGCAAGCCAUACCUAAGCCUAAGGGUCAUUCAACACUCGAUUACGCCCGUUGGAAUACAGUUGAAGAUGAUUCCAGUGAAGAAGAAGACGAUGAAGACAGCGAUGACAGUGAUGAGUCGCCACCUCAGUACAGAUUCCGUGUUAAGACAGUCGGGGUGCGUCCUGUGAAGUGAAACAUUGUAGAUAGGAACAUGGGAUGGUUUCUUUCAUCCUGAUAUAUUGCAUAUUGCACAGGAGAGCUGUGAAAAAAGCAUUAGAGUGAAGGGGAUAGUGAUACCAAAGCAGACUAGUCAUGUUUUGAAUUGCCUCUUCUGUAAUUGGUUUCAGCGGUCACCAUGUAUCAAUGUGCUGUGUCUUUUUAUACAUCUUCGAAAAGAAACAUACCGAGUUUAGAUAAGAUACACAAUACAGAAGACCAUGUUCAAACCAAAUGGCCUGUUGUUCUAUUUGUUAAUACUUUCUUUGCCUCAGAGACUCUGCUUUGUUAUCACCAUGAAGAUGAUAAUGAUUUAGAAUUGAACAGAAAUGGAAUUUACAAGCUUCAUUAUUGAUAAGUCACAAAAAUACAUCACUGCCAAAGUUUUGUAUUCAUGACAUUACCAAAGCUAGAUUUGAUUAGCU